GGCGUGGCUGGGGCGCUCCGUCCUCCCCUCCCCCGCCGCCAUCUUGCCUGGAAAGUUUGGAGUUUCCUCCUGAGGGGGGAGAGAGAGGGAGCGAGCGGGAGGGGGAAGGAAGGGAGGAGGGAAGGGGCGACCCCCGGACGCCGCCCGAGGAGGAGGAGGAGGCGGCGGAGGCGGCUGCCGCAGCCCGGGCAGGCGAGGGCCCCCCCCGCCAUGCCCGUCAGGAAACAAGACACCCAGCGCGCCCUGGGCCUCCUGGAGGACUACCGCGCCAAGCUCGGCCAGCUGGAGGACCGGCAGCAGCUGCGCGGCUCCGUCGAGCGGGUCAUCGGCAUCUUCCAGAGCAGCCUCUUCCAGGCGCUGAUCGAUAUUCAGGAAUUCUAUGAAGUGACUUUACUUGAUAAUCCCAAAAGUGUUGAUCGCUCCAAGCCAAUCGAGUAUGUGCAGCCAGUGAACCCGUGGGAUUUCUCCAGCCUUCCCAGCACAACGGUGACGUCCGAAACGCUGCCGAGCAGCCUUAGUCCCGCCACAGAGAAGUAUCGCUCUCAGGAUGACGACGAGGACGAGGACAAUGACAACGACGUUCCUCCUCCUUCAGCAGAGCACAGCUCUCCCCAGAUUCCCAGUGAGGGGGUGACUCCAGAGCUGGUUCAUGUGUCUGAGAAGAACCUCUCACAAAUUGAGAAUAUCCAUGGAUUUGUUUCCCACGCUCAUAUUUCUCCAAUCAAGACACCAGAAGCUGCUCCUCUCUCUCUUCCUGUUGUCUCUGUCCUGCCAACCCCUGCAGAGGCCACACUCAUCCCAUCCGCUACAUCACAGGCAAGUCCCCCUCCGGUGGUUGUGAACACAGAAACUUUGGAGCUACCUGCCUACGUCAACGGCACAGAUGCAGAAUAUGAGUAUGAAGAAAUUACACUGGAAAGGGGCAAUUCCGGGCUUGGCUUUAGCAUCGCGGGCGGGACGGACAACCCGCACAUCGGGGACGACUCCAGUAUAUUCAUCACCAAGAUCAUUCCGGGGGGCGCAGCUGCGCAGGAUGGAAGGCUGCGAGUGAACGACUGCAUCUUGCGGGUGAACGAGGUGGACGUCCGCGACGUGACCCACAGCAAAGCAGUGGAAGCUUUGAAGGAGGCCGGCUCCAUGGUCCGGCUGUAUGUCAAGAGAAGGAAACAAGUCACCGAAAAGAUGGUGGAGAUCAAGCUGGUGAAAGGCCCGAAAGCAGGUCUCGGGUUCAGCAUCGCGGGGGGCGUUGGCAACCAGCACAUUCCUGGAGACAACAGCAUCUACGUCACCAAGAUCAUUGAAGGCGGCGCAGCCCACAAGGACGGCAAGCUCCAGAUUGGGGACAAGCUUCUGGCGGUCAACAGUGUUUGCUUAGAAGAAGUUACACACGAAGAAGCAGUGACAGCCUUAAAAAACACCUCUGACUCUGUUUAUCUGAAAGUUGCCAAACCAACCAGCAUGUUCAUGAAUGACAGUUAUGCCCCUCCAGACGUCACCCACUCUUAUUCUCAGCCUGUUGAUAACCACAUCAGUCCGCCGACCUACUUGGGACAGUCCUUGCCACCAGCGUCACCGGGGAGGUAUUCUCCUAUUCCCAAGGGGAUGCUUGGAGACGAUGAGCUCACCAGGGAGCCGCGGAAGCUGCUGCUCCAUCGCGGAUCCACCGGGCUCGGCUUCAACAUCGUCGGAGGUGAAGACGGAGAAGGGAUUUUUGUCUCUUUCAUCCUUGCCGGAGGGCCUGCAGAUCUAAGCGGCGAGCUCAGGAAAGGAGACCGUAUCAUUUCGGUGAACGGCACCGACCUCAAAGCUGCGACUCACGAGGAAGCAGCUGCUGCUUUGAAGAACGCUGGCCAAGCCGUCACGAUCGUGGCUCAGUACCGCCCAGAAGAAUACAGCCGUUUUGAAGCCAAAAUCCACGACUUGAGGGAGCAGAUGAUGAACAGCAGCAUCAGCUCAGGAUCGGGGUCUCUGCGGACCAGCCAGAAGCGCUCGCUCUACGUCAGAGCACUUUUUGACUAUGACAAGACCAAAGACAGUGGCCUCCCCAGCCAGGGUCUGAAUUUCCGCUUCGGUGACAUCCUCCACGUCAUCAAUGCCUCCGACGAUGAGUGGUGGCAGGCGCGGCCGGUGAUGCCAGAGGGCGAGAGCGACGAAGUUGGCGUCAUCCCCAGCAAGCGCAGGGUUGAGAAGAAAGAACGAGCCCGUUUAAAGACCGUGAAAUUUAAUUCUAAAACAAGAGGCGACAAAGGGCAGUCAUUCAAUGACAAGCGUAAAAAGAACCUCUUUUCCCGAAAAUUUCCCUUCUACAAGAACAAGGACCAGAGUGAGCAGGAAACCAGUGAUCUGGACCAGCACAUCACCUCCAACGCCAGCGACAGUGAAAGCAGCUACCGUGGCCAAGAAGAUUAUGUCUUGUCUUAUGAACCAGUCACCCAGCAAGAAGUCAGUUACACGCGGCCAGUGAUUGUUUUGGGACCUAUGAAGGACCGGAUCAAUGACGACCUGAUCUCUGAAUUUCCAGACAAGUUUGGAUCAUGCGUUCCACAUACGACCAGGCCCAGACGCGACUAUGAGGUGGACGGACGCGACUACCACUUUGUCGUCUCCCGAGAAGAGAUGGAGAAGGACAUUCAGGACCGCCGGUUCAUUGAAGCUGGCCAGUACAACAACCACCUGUAUGGGACCAGCGUGCAGUCUGUGCGGGAGGUCGCCGAAAAGGGCAAGCACUGCAUCCUGGAUGUCUCUGGAAAUGCCAUCAAGAGGCUCCAAAUAGCCCAGCUGCACCCAAUCGCUGUGUUCAUCAAACCCAAAUCGGUGGAAAACAUCAUGGAAAUGAAUAAACGCUUGACAGAUGAACAGGCUCGGAAGACAUUUGAGAGAGCCAUGAAGCUAGAGCAAGAAUUUACAGAACACUUUACCGCCAUUGUGCAAGGCGACACGCUGGAAGAGAUCUACACCCAAGUCAAGCAGGUCAUUGAGGAGCACUCGGGCCCCUACAUCUGGGUCCCGGCCAAGGAGAAGUUGUGAAGGCCAGCAGGCUCCCGCCCCCCCCCCCGGUGCUUCCUGCCUCCAGCUCUUCCUCCCCUGCGGGGGCCGCCCUGUGGUGGCUUCUUCAGCGCUCUGCACUUGGGGGGCCCCUCGGGGGGGGAGCCAUUUGUUCCUCACCAGCUGCUGGGAGCUGCUGCCGUUCUCUGUAGGCUCGAGGCGCAGAGUUUGUCCUGCUCUCAGGGGUAGGGGAUGGGGGGUGAUGUGGUGAGAAUCCUUAAUGUUUAAGGGAAUGUAUACUUCCGAGAUUUUGAGAAAAAAGAGCUUUAUAUACAUUAUUUUAAAUAUUUCCUAACAAAAUGGAAGAAAAGUGGUCUUAAUGAUGUAAAUUGUGAGCAAUUUUGCACGCUUAACUUUACUAGCAUGGUUUGAUCCUGGGGGUUUGGGUUCAGGACUUUAUUUCUUAGUUUUCUGUUGUCAGCAACAAAUGUAUUUUACAGGCAGUUAACUGGCAACCCUUUUUUUAAAUGUCCAAGAUAAUGUAUGCAUAAUUGCCAUUAUUUCACAAGGGAAAACUCGUUUUCAUAGUUUCAUAUAAUAAUAUUCUUUAUAGUCUAUUUUUUCAUUUUCUGCUGCUGCUAGGACUAAGGAGCUCUCUUACUUCUAAACUAGCACAUACAAGACUAUUUGAAGUGUCUCUCUUCUUCUUCUACCAGAUAUUGUUGAAAGAGGAGGGGGAUGGUUGCAUUUUCGAGUCUGUUUAGGUGCUUAAACGGCUUGUACCUUCACGUGGGAAUGACAGAUUUCCUUCUGGGAAUACUCGGGGAGAUGAUCAUUAUCAUGAUGAUAAAAUUCCAGUUCAGAGCUUGGAAGUAUAAAUAUGUUCUUAGAGGUCAGAUUUUAAUGAAUAUUUUACCCACAAUAACUGCCUAUUUUGUUAUAACAGAAACAUAUUCUAUAUACACAUAUAAAUAUAUAUAUUAAACUUUCUUUAACUAAACUCUAA